ACGGAAAGACUGACAGAUAGAGAUAGAAAUACAAUAAAACAUAGCUUCACAUAUCAAACUAAUAUAAAUCUAAAAUGUAAAGUCAGAAUGUGUAACAUUUUAAAAGAAGACAACCAGAAUAGUUGGUUAUCAUAAAUUAAGAUAUAUUGACUCUAUGUGCAUGAAAGUUUAUAUCUGGACUAAAAAAAAUACAUUUAAAGGAAGAAGAGACUUGUGAAUAACAGUUUGACUGGAGAUUUGGAGCAAUGAUGAACAAAAUGACAUUGACAUCAAUCGUCUUCCUGAGCAUGUUUGUGGCAAGAACUCAUACAAGAGGUGAAGAUCAAACUAUCUUUGUGGGCCCUAAUCUAAUACAACAGAGCCCAGCUUCUGUGCCUGACAAAGUGGGGAAUAUAAUUACAGUUUUCGAAGCUGAAACUUUUAUGGAGGGAAGCAAUGUCACUUUAAAAUGUGGCAGUACUAAGAUCAAAUGGAAUGAACUCCUUUACACUGUCUGGAAUAUUAGCUUGCAAAGCAGAAAAUGUUGGAUUGGCUCUGAAUUUCUGAAUAAAACUAUCCAAAACUACUGUAAUGAUGGAAAGACGCUGCUCAACUCUUCAGAUGAAUUUUCUUUACUCAUUCCAACGAUUUCAAAGAAAGAUGAAGGAUCUUACUUAUGUGACGUAUCAUAUAAAGGUGGCAGCUUUAGAAAAAAAAUAAAUAUCAGUGUUAGUGACUUUACCAGUUGGCUGGAGUUUAACAAUGGUCAGAGAGUUGCCAUCUGUCAAGCCAAAUAUGAAGAAUCUGAACCCACCCUUCAAUGGGAACCUGCCUUGAACUUUUCAUCCAAUAUCAGUUAUGUCAAGAUCAGCAAUAUGUCUGUUAUAGAGAGUCGAGUGUACUUGCCUAAUGCCAUCAGUGACUUUAAGUGUGUUGCCAUCUACCCUCAUAAGUCAGGGCAACAGAAUACAACUUAUGAUCUUACAAAUUCAGACACCAUUGCGGUUGCAUCAAUUAGUUUUAUUUUUGUAUCUCUGACUGUGGUUUUCAUACAAUGCAGAAAGCUUAACAGCUUAGCCCAGCUCCCUGAUGUGGAAGAAGUAGAAACCUAUGUAACUUACUGUAUAUACAGCGAAUCAACUCCAUCUAUAACUCAUCAGUUGAAAUCUUCAAUGCCUGGGGAAGAGGAAAACGUCUCAGUUGUGUAUGUAACCAUGGUUCACUGAGAAAGAAAUGAGACGCAGCGUCUUGACAUGACAAAAUGGGAACACACCAGCAGCGUGCACUCAUGUGAAAUAUUUGUACAACAGUUCCAAGUUCUUAUGGAGAGGCAGAAUAAUCUCUAAAACUUUGUAAACGUGGUUUAGGGCCACCCUGCCACAUUGCAUACAGUUAGCAUAGAUACCCCAGACAAUAGAACCUGAGAUUAAGCCAUACU